CUCCCGGGGGGCUCCGCGCCCGGCCCGGCCCGACCGCCCGCUCCCGGGCUCGCCGCGGCUCCUCCGCCCAUCUGCGGAGGUGCUGCUCGGGAGACGGGGCGAUUUUUUUUAUUUUAAAUUUUUCCCGCUGUUCUCUGCUGGAUUUUAGCCUCGCGAGGGAUCCUGUCGUUGAAGGUGCCGGAUUGUUCUUUGGAGGGACACUGCUAGUCUGUGGCCGCACUUGCAGGGGGACGGGGGAACGGAGCUUAGCGAGCAGCUCGGGUUGCACCGGGGCGCCGUGGGGAGCGGCGAGCCCGCGAGCGCGGACGGGAGAGCUCGGCUUUGAGCCUGGCGCGAUGAACUUGGUGCUGCCCCGCCAGACGCGCCCGGAGAGCAAGGAGGCGAGAGUGAUCUAAGUUUUCUCGGAUUUUCUUGUGUUAGCUUUGCUUCUCGGGCGCGGAGGGGAGGAGGGCGCGGAACGGCUCCCGACGGGCCCCUCCUCACUUGAACGCCGGUGCGGGGGGACAGGGGCGUCGAGCGAGGCGAGAGGACAGGCGCUGGGGUUUGCAUGCCCGCUCCCGGGGCUCUGUGUGCCCCCCGCUCGUGAUUGCGCUUGAAGGCGACGGGAGCCUCUCCGCGCCCGGGCGCGGGUGCGGCGCAGGGGCUCCCCCGCCCCGCGUCGCUUUGGGGGAGGCCGGGGAGGGGGCGCCGCUCUCUCGGGGCGGGCUGUCGGGGAUGGAGCUGCGGUCGGAGCUGCCCAGCGUGCCCGCCGCGCCCCCCCCGGUGCCCCCCAGCUCGGUGGCGGCCGCGGCGGCCGCGGCGGCGGCCACGCUGCCGGUGAGCGUGGCCGGGAGCUUGCUGCGGGCGCCGCCGCUGCUGCUGCGGGCGGCCGAGAAGUACCCGCGGACGCCCAAGUGCGCCCGGUGCCGUAACCACGGCGUGGUGUCGGCGCUGAAGGGCCACAAGCGGUACUGCCGCUGGAAGGACUGCAUGUGCGCCAAGUGCACCCUGAUCGCCGAGCGCCAGCGCGUCAUGGCCGCUCAGGUGGCGCUGCGCCGGCAGCAGGCGCAGGAGGAGAACGAGGCCCGGGAGCUGCAGCUGCUCUACGGCACGGCCGAGGGGCUGGCGCUGGCGGCCGCCAACGGCAUCAUCCCGCCCCGGCCCGCGUACGAGGUGUUCGGCUCCGUCUGCGCCGGGGCCGGCGGCGAGGGAGGCGCCAGCGCCUCAGAGUCCAAGAUGCAGAAGUUCGAGCUGUUCCCCAAGACGCUGCUGCCGAGCCGCGCCGUCACCCCGCAGCAGGCGGGCGGGAAGCCCCUCUCCCCGGACGGCGAGUCCGUGCCCGGCACCUCCUCCCCAGAUGCUCGCCACGGCUCGGGCUCGGAGAACGGGGACGGCGAGUCCUUCCUGAGCUCCCCCGUCUCCAAGGGCCCGAAGGAGGGGGAGGAGAGCCCGGGCUCCAUCAGCCCGCUGGGCUCGGACUCGGGCUCAGAGGGGGACAAGGACGAGCAGGACCCGUCGCCCUCGGCCGGCGGCCGGCAGCGGACUCCCAUCGACAUCCUGACGCGCGUCUUCCCGGCGCACAAGCGCAGCGUGCUGGAGCUGGUGCUGCAGGGCUGCGGCGGGGACGUGGUACAGGCCAUCGAGCAGAUCCUCAACAACCGCGGCCCGGAGAAGGGCCCCGAGGAGGGCUGGGCCCGGGACGGCGCCUUGCAGGGCCUGCCGCCCACCCCCGCCGCCGCCGCCGCCCACCACCGGCCCUUGAUCGCCGGCGCCAUGGCCCCGGCCAUCGGCACGCUGGGCAGCCGCUCCGCCUUCUCCCCGCUGCAGCCCAACGCCACGCACUUCGGGGCCGAGGCCGGCGCCUACCCGCUGGGCACGCACCUGGGACUGAACCCGCUGCGCCUCGCCUACUCUGCGCACAGCCGGGGACUGGCCUUCAUGACCCCCUACUCCACGGCCGGGCUGAUGCCCACGCUGGGGUUCCGGCCGCCCGUGGACUACGCCUUCAGCGACCUGAUGCGGGACCGCUCCGCCGUGCACAAGGAGCAGGUGUACUCCGGCGGGCUCUACGGGCCCAUGGUCAACAACACCCCCGAGAAGCAAUAGCGGCUUCCCAAAGCUCGUCUGUGUAGAGGUAGCUAGGUAGGCACGGGUGGACGGACACGGGGGGCUUGCUCUCCCCCGUGCAGGCGGUGGUUGCGUGCAGAGCCCGGCGCGGACAGGCGUAGGUGUGUUAAGGUGAUCAAGGUGCACUUUCAUUGUCCAGACAUGAGUCGCUCUUUGUUGCUUAUGGCCAUAAGCAUGGAUAUCCUCGGCGCGUCGUGGGGUGUGCGCACACGCGAGCGCUCUUUCCCACACACAUACAUAUAUAUAUAUAUGUAUACUAGCAAGUGUAUAAUGUUAUAAAAUGGAAAUCUAAGUUAUUAAUGUAACUCGUAGGUGAACUCGGUAUUAACGUUAAGCUAAAGGUUAGGCAGCGCAUUGUAAUACUUACCAGGCAUAUAGAUGAAACAUUGUCAAAUUGAAAACCUUUUCCUUCCCGCCCCCAGAAACGUUGCGGUCUGUAUAUAACAUUGGAAAGUAGAUAUAUUUGUAACUGUCCGUAGGACCCUGGCGCCAAUGGUGUAUGAUGGUUUAAUAAGCCUCCUUCAUUUGUGAUCUGCAAGAAAAUUGCUUUCUUGUUCCGAUGUAGCAAACUUCUUGCUGUUUCUAACAGGUAAUUCUGUGUUUCCAUUUCAUAGAAAUAAAUGUUAUUUUCUAUUAAAAAAAAAAUCGGUCUUAUGAAUGGCAAGUGGUAUUUUAUGAGAUGAUGGAAGUGUGUUUUGGAAAAUUCGUUUGACAAGUACAUUCAAUAUUUAAAGGAGUUUAUGCAAAUAGUACAAACAUGUUUACUACAUUUUUAUCAUGGUCAAACUAGAUAUUCUUCAGAUAAAUUUAUAAAUAAAAAUGAAGCGUACAAGCAAGAGCAAAUUCCUUAUCAACGGAAAUUGUCAAAUACAUUUAUUUCUGGUUCUGGUCUUUUUCUUAUUUAUGCCUGCAGAAAAAAUCCCCAACAAACUUACAGAGGUAUAAAUUUAAGCAGGAUUUCUCACUUCGGUAUCUUGAUGUUUUUGGUCAUAUUUAGGAAAUUUGGAAGUGUUGCAAAGAGAAGCCUGGUUAAAGCAGAUCCCACCUUGCGACCCGCGGGUUGUGUAGCAGCAGUAAGGUUUUACCCCUCGUAUCUGAAAUCGGAUUGUGCCUUUCAGUUGU